UUUGUUUUUAUUCUCUUUAGUUUCUUAAAUUUUCUUUAGUUCUCUUAUGUCUUUCCUAAUCUCUUUGGAUGUGUCUCCAGUAAGGAAUUUCGAUAGCACUAUAACCUCCAAACCUGUAUAAAAAAAAUUAGAGGCAAUGCUUGUUUCAUUAGUCCAAGCUCAAACCACUUAUGCUUAGUUUCUUUAGUCCACUAUUAUAUAUGUUGGAUGCCCCCACCCUUAUUAUCUCUAUCAUGCCUUCGUGGAUCUUUUCAGCUCCUUGAUGAGUUUGCUACAGAAAUGUUUCAUAUAACUAAGUUCGAGCCUUCUCCCCUAAUACCAAGCUCCUUAGAAGAGUUGAUUUUACCCUUGAGUAAGGUAGAGAUAUAUGCAGUUGUUCAAGCCCUGGGUAAAGGCAAGAGCCCUGGGCCUAAAAGAAUUCAAUGCUCACUUGAGCCUUUCCAGGAAUUUGGGACUCUUGAUAUUCAUUUGCCUACAUUUCCUUGUCACCAAAUUUGUAGGAGUGUGUACAACCUUUGACUUCAGGCCUGUUGCUCUAGAGCACCUACUUAUCAAGGUUAUUUAGAAAGUUCUUGCUCAUCUUUGUCCUAAGUGCAUCUCAGAGUUGAUCUAUAACAGGUUGUGUUUAUCAAAGUAAGCAGCACUGUCAUUUGCCUCUUGUGUGCAACUGGUGAGGAAACUGUAGUUCAGAAAUUGAAUUUUGAGAAAACUUUUGAAAGCACUCGAACUGCCUUGGAGCAGCUUCUCUCCACCUACGGCCUCCUAUUGGAUCCAUGCCACCAACAUUACAUUAGGAUAGUGUGAAUUAAAAAAAAAAUUGAACCUGUAUGUUAGAACAAACAUUAUUAAUGUAAACCGGAUAUGAUACCUUGGCUUCAUAGAAGAACUGUCUAAUUGUCUAGUCUCUAACUUGUCCACGCGGUUCAUCCUCACAACAUAGCAGCAGAGGUGCUAGUGUAGGAUUUCCUAAAAGAGAUGAGAGGUGAUCAUCAUCAUCAAAGAGACAAUGCUGACAAGAGGGAACACAUGACAUAGCCUUGACUAUUCUCUCAGGCCAUAUUCGAAUGCAAAUUUUUGUAGGUUGACAGCUUUGGGUUUCUUCUCCAUUAUGUUAGUGUACUUUGCACUAUCCUUCGGUGGUUGCUUGAUGAUCUAGUGUGGAUACAUGGUUCUCACUUCUCAAUUGCUCUCCUGUGAGUUUUCAUUUCACUAGCAUUGCAAAUGAAGCUCAAUACAAAGGAUGUUCUUGGAAGACACAAAGUUCACAUAAGCAAUUUCUCCUGCUUGUGUCCAUCGAAUUCUUAUAGCUAUCCAAAUGUUGACUCUUGGAAAUUUUGGUGUUCUUCUAUAGCCACCAAGUUAUGAAGAUGUUAACACCUUCAUCUUUGCUUCUGAGAAUUGGCUGACCUGGUGUGAAGCAACCUUCCUAGAUCAAAAGGUUUCCCCAUCAGUUUCCUUCAAAGGCAGGUGGACCUGCUGUGAUGUUGGUAGGUUUAGUUGUCCUUGCAAUUUCUAGAACAGUACAUGGGGGCUUUGAUUAGUCUCAUCUCCAAAAUCACCCCAAGCAACAGCACUGCAGUAUCCUUGUGACAUGGCCGUGAGCUUUCUUGUUGUAUCUAUUUUUUCCCUUUUGCUCUCUCCUUCUUUAGCAAUUAAAAUAGUGGAUUUCUUUAUUGUUUCCAAACUUCCAGCUUCACCUUAUGUAAUCUGCAGUACUCAACUUUCAUCUUACUACAAUUGGUGAUCCCAGGAUGUACCUCCUUUAUUCACAUCAAGUGUCCUUCUUGAACAUCUUUGCACGCCGUGCCAUGGUUCCAGGUUCUAUUAUUGUGGAUGGUGGAUCGGGUUAUUGCAAAUAUGGUUGGAGCAAGUACGCUGCUCCAUCUGGGCGUUGUGCUACAUUUUUGGAAUUUGGCAACUUGGAGACUCCAACACAUGCAAGGUUUCGGCAUUUUUUCUCUACAAUUUUUAGCAGAAUGCAGGUUAGGUCAUCAUCUCACCCGAUAAUUGUGUCUCUUCCUAUCUGCCACACUGAGGAUACUGAAGCUGCUCAAACGUCCAGAAGGCAACUUAGAGAGUCAAUAUACUCUGUCCUUUUUGAUAUGAACGCUCCUGCAGUUUGUGCAGUUGAUCAAGCUGUUUUAGCUUUGUAUGCAGCAAGAAGAACUUCUGGAAUAGUUGUUAACAUUGGUUUCAAUGUAACAUCAGUUGUCCCAGUUUUUAGAGGUGAAGUGAUGUAUGAAUUGGGCAUUGAAGUAUUGGGAUUUGGUGCUUCAAAAAUCACUGCAUUUCUCAAGGAACUAAUGCAACAGAGAAAUAUAAUUUUCCAAUCUCUAUAUACUGUUCGAACUAUCAAGGAGAAACUCUGCUACGUGGCCACUGAUUAUAAUGCAGAACUACUUAAAGACUCCAAAGGAUUGUGUGAGGUUGCAUCUGAGGGUUUGUUCACUCUAGCAAAGGAGCGUUUCCAAACUGGAGAGAUUCUUUUCCAGCCACAUAUUGCAAGAGUGCAUUCAAGGGGUUUGCAUGAAGCUGUGGCUCAGUGUAUAGAUCAUUGUUUCUCUUCAGAAGUAACAAGUGAUGAUGGAUGGUAUAAAACUGUGGUUUUGGCUGGUGGAACAUCAUGUUUACCCGGACUACCUGAGAGGUUGGACAAAGAACUCCUUAACCUCCUUCCUCCGCAAAUCUCUGAAGGAAUAAAAGUCAUACCCCCUCCAUAUGGCACUGAUUCUGCUUGGUUCGGAGCAAAGAUCCUCAGCAAUGUGAGUACCUUCUGCGACGCAUGGUGUAUUACAAGAGAUCAAUUUGCCCAGAAGUCUCAACGCAACAUAUGAUGAAAUUUCCAGCCCUCUGUAGCUUAUAGACAGACAGACAUUCUUCUCGCAGGAUGAAUGAUACACUUGCACUUUGUCAAUUUGUUUUUUAAUCUUUAUAGACAUACCCAAAAUUUUAGGGGAUUCAACAACAUCAAAAAAUACACAGUGGUCUACACCCAUUUGUUAUCAAUCAUCAGCUCCAAAAAGGUUUAAUACAGAUGUAAGCAUUCUUUACGAGGGAGUGUGCUAUUUAAUAGUAUAUUUUGCAACUAAUAAAGAACUCCAAAGGUCUAAUAAUGUGAUUUACAAUUGAUACA